AUGCCCACUUAUGUGAAAUUCAUGAAAGAAAUUCUUUCAAGAAAAAGGAGGCUAGAAGAGUUUGAGACUGUUGCUCUUACACAAGAGAGCAGUCAAUAUUUGCUUAGCAAGAUACCUCCAAAAUUAGGAGAUCCAGGAAGUUUUACAAUCCCUUGCACCAUAGGAGACCAUUACAUACGCAGAGCAUUGUGUGAUUUGGGUACUAGUAUCAAUUUAAUGCCUCUGAGUGUGUACAAAAAGCUGAAAGUAGGAGAGCCUAAUCCUACCACUGUAACUUUACAGUUGGCUGAUAGGUCCCUGGAAGACCGAGAGGUGCCUAUAAUUUUAGGGAGGGCUUUCUUAGCCACUGGUGGGGUUGUGAUAGAUGUUAAUGGUGAGCAAGUAAAAUUCAAUAUUUUGAAAGCCAUGAAAUACCCAAGAGACAUAGAGGAAUGUUCUAGGCUGGAUAUCAUUGACUGUGUAGUCAAAGAUAAAUUUUUGCAUGAGUCUGCAUUAGACUCUUUAAAAAUUUCUGGUUUUGAGGGUCUAGAAAUUAGUCAAACUGAUUCUGAGGAAGUUGUUAAAUGGUUAAAUUCCAGAUCUGAUGUGGUUUGGAAAAAUAAAAAUUUUGAGUCAUUAGAAUUGGCCAAGAGAGGGUUAAAAAUUCUCAAACCCUCAAUUGAAGAGCCUCCUGUGUUAGAGCUCAAGCCUCUGCCUAAUCACCUUAGGUAUGUUUAUUUAGGAGAAAAAGACACUUUGCCUGUCAUAGUGUCCAAUCUGCUCACUGUUUUAGAGGAAGAACAACUGCUGGCUGUUCUAAAAAAUUUAAGAGGGCUAUAG